GGGACACAGGGAGAGUGAUAACGUUUGAUUCUUUUCUAUCUACACCAACACCUUGCUUACUUUGAUAAAAGGAUCCAACAGUCACUUCCAGAAUGAAAGGGGUAUGCAUUACCCUGAUCGCUGUGCUUCUCAUUGGAAGUAGCCAGCAGACCAAGACAAAAGAUAAAGAAUGCUGGACACCCUGGUUUGACAGAGAUAACCCAUCUGCCACUGGAGACUGGGAGACCCUCAUAGAUCUGCACAAGGAGAACCCGGGAAAGAUCUGUGGUAAUCCUCUUAAAAUCCAGGUCCAAACUAUAGCUGGUGACAGUAUGACCUCAACAGGGGACAGGAUUUUGCAAGCCGAUACAACCACUGGAUUCAUCUGUAGGAACGAAGACCAGAAGUGUGGCAAGUGUGAAGAUUACCGUGUUCGGUUCCAGUGUCCUGAAAGUUUCUGUAAAGCAGGUCCAAGAUGCUGGACAUCCUGGUUUAACAGAGAUAACCCAUCUGAAGAUGGAGACCAGGAGACCCUGAUAGAGCUGUGGAAAGAAUACCCAGGAAAGAUCUGUACUAAUCCCCUAAAUAUUGAGGUCCAAACUACAUCUGGAGAUAGUAUGGCUUCAACAGGGGAUACAAUCGCUCGAGCUGAUACAGCCGUUGGAUUCGUCUGUAAGAACAAAGACCAGAAGGAUGGCAAAUGUAAAGAUUACCAUGUUCGUUUCCAAUGCUUCAAAAGUUUCUGUGACAAAGCUCCAAAAUGCUGGACACAAUGGUUUGACAGAGAUAACCCAUCUGCAAAAGGAGACUGGGAGACCCUCGAAGAUCUGCGCAAGGAGUACCCGGGAAAGAUCUGCGAUAAUCCUAUUCAUAUCCACGUCCAAACUGUAGAUGGUGGCCAUAUGACUUUAACAGGGGAUAAGAUUCACAAAGCCGAUACAACCACUGGAUUCAUCUGUAGGAACGAAGACCAGAAGAAGGGCAAAUGUAAAGAUUACCGUGUUCAGUUUAUGUGUCCAUUAAGUUUCUGUAUGGAAGGUCCAAAAUGCUGGACACAAUGGUUUGACAGAGAUAACCCAUCUGCAACUGGAGACUGGGAGACCCUGAAAGAUCUGCGCAAGGAGUACCCAGGAAAGAUCUGUAAAAAUCCUGUUAAUAUCCUUGUCCAAACUACAGCUGGUGACACUAUGGAUUCAACAGGGAAUAAGAUUCACAUAGCCGAUACAACCACUGGAUUCGUCUGUAGGAACGAAGACCAGAAGAAGGGCAAAUGUAAAGAUUACCGUGUUCAGUUCCAAUGUCCUGAAAGGUUCUGUAAAGCAGCUCCAAAAUGUUGGACACAAUGGUUUGACAGAGAUAACCCAUCUGCAAAAGGAGACUGGGAGACCCUCAAAGAUCUACGCAAGGAGAACCCCGGAAAGAUCUGUAAAAAUCCUGUUAAUAUCCAUGUCCAAACUAUAGCUGGUGGCACUAUGGCUUCAACAGGGGAUAAGAUUCACAUAGCCGAUACAUCCACUGGAUUCGUCUGUAGGAACGAAGACCAGACUGGGGGCAAUUGUAAAGAUUACCGUGUUCAGUUUGAGUGUCCUGCAAGUUUCUGUAAACCAGCUCCAAAAUGCUGGACACAAUGGUUUGACAGAGAUAACCCAUCUGCAACUGGAGACUGGGAGACCCUCAAAGAUCUACGCAAGGAGAACCCGGGAAAGAUCUGUGGUAAACCUCUUAAAAUCCAGGUCCAAACUACAGCUGGUGGCACGAUGGCUUCAACAGGGGAUAAGAUUCACAUAGCCGAUACAUCCACUGGAUUCGUCUGUAGGAACAAAGACCAGAAGAAGGGCAAUUGUAAAGAUUACCGUGUUCGGUUCCAGUGUCCUAAAAUGUUCUGUAAACCAGCUCCAAAAUGCUGGACACCCUGGUUUGACAGAGAUAACCCAUCUGCAACUGGAGACUGGGAGACCCUCAAAGAUCUACGCAAGGAGAACCCGGGAAAGAUCUGUGGUAAACCUCUUAAAAUCCAGGUCCAAACUACAGCUGGUGGCACGAUGGCUUCAACAGGGGAUAAGAUUCACAUAGCCGAUACAUCCACUGGAUUCGUCUGUAGGAACAAAGACCAGAAGAAGGGAAAUUGUAAAGAUUACCGUGUUCGGUUCCAGUGUCCUAAAAUGUUCUGUAAACCAGCUCCAAAAUGCUGGACACCCUGGUUUGACAGAGAUAACCCAUCUGCAACUGGAGACUGGGAGACCCUCAAAGAUCUACGCAAGGAGAACCCAGGAAAGAUCUGUGGUAAUCCUCUUAAAAUCCAGGUCCGAACAACAGCUGGUGGCACAAUGGCUUCAACAGGGGAUAAGAUUCACAUAGCCGACACAUCCACUGGAUUCGUCUGUAGGAACAAAGACCAGACUGGGGGAAAUUGUAAAGACUACCGUGUUCGGUUCCAGUGUCCUGCAAGGUUCUGUAAACCAGCUCCAAAAUGCUGGACACCCUGGUUUGACAGAGAUAACCCAUCUGCAACUGGAGACUGGGAGACCCUCAAAGAUCUACGCAAGGAGAACCCAGGAAAGAUCUGUGGUAAUCCUCUUAAAAUCCAGGUCCGAACAACAGCUGGUGGCACAAUGGCUUCAACAGGGGAUAAGAUUCACAAAGCCGACACAUCCACUGGAUUCGUCUGUAGGAACAAAGACCAGACUGGGGGAAAUUGUAAAGACUACCGUGUUCGGUUCCAGUGUCCUGCAAGGUUCUGUAAACCAGCUCCAAAAUGCUGGACACCCUGGUUUGACAGAGAUAACCCAUCUGCAACUGGAGACUGGGAGACCCUCAAAGAUCUACGCAAGGAGAACCCGGGAAAGAUCUGUGGUAAUCCUCUUAAAAUCCAGGUCCGAACAACAGCUGGUGGCACAAUGGCUUCAACAGGGGAUAAGAUUCACAAAGCCGAUACAACCACUGGAUUCGUCUGUAGGAACAAAGACCAGACUGGGGGAAAUUGUAAAGACUACCGUGUUCGGUUCCAGUGCCCUGCAAGGUUCUGUAAACCAGCUCCAAAAUGCUGGACACCCUGGUUUGACAGAGAUAACCCAUCUGCAACUGGAGACUGGGAGACCCUCAAAGAUCUACGCAAGGAGAACCCGGGAAAGAUCUGUGGUAAUCCUCUUAAAAUCCAGGUCCGAACAACAGCUGGUGGCACAAUGGCUUCAACAGGGGAUAAGAUUCACAAAGCCGAUACAGCCACUGGAUUCGUCUGUCGGAACAAAGACCAGACUGGGGGCAAUUGUAAAGAUUACCGUGUUCGGUUCCAGUGUCCUGAAAUGUUCUGUAAACCAGGUCCAAAAUGCUGGACACCUUGGUUUGAUAGAGAUAACCCAUCAGGAAGUGGAGACUGGGAGACCCUUAAAGAUCUGUGGAAAGAAUACCCAGGAAAGAUCUGUAAUAGUCCAUUUGAUAUUCAGGUCCAAACUACAUCUGGAGAUAGUAUGGCUUCAACAGGGGAUACAAUUGCUCGAGUUGAUACAUCCACUGGAUUCGUCUGUAAGAACAAAGACCAGAAGGACGGCAAAUGUAAAGAUUACCGUGUUCGUUUCCAAUGCCCCAAAAGUUUCUGUGACAAAGCUCCAAAAUGCUGGACACAAUGGUUUGACAGAGAUAACCCAUCUGCAACUGGAGACUGGGAGACCCUCAAAGAUCUGCGCAAGGAGUACCCAGGAAAGAUCUGCGAUAAUCCCAUUCAUAUCCACGUCCAAACUGUAGAUGGUGGCCAUAUGGCAUCAACAGGGGAUAAGAUUUACAAAGCUGAUACAUCCACUGGAUUCGUCUGUGAGAACAAAGACCAGGCAGAUGGCAAGUGUGAAGACUAUCGUGUUCGUUUCCAGUGCCCCAGCAGUUUCUGCCCAAUGGGUCCAAGAUGCUGGACACCCUGGUUUGAUCGAGAUAACCCUUCUGGAACUGGAGACUGGGAGACACUCGAAUAUCUCCGUGGUGAAAAUCCAGGAAAAAUCUGUCAUAAUCCACUUCAAAUUGAUGUCCAAACUAAAUUCGGUGGCAGCAUGGAUUCAACAGGGGAUGUGAUUACUGUAGCCGACACAGAAUCUGGAUUCAUCUGUAAGAACUCAGACCAGAAGUGCGGCAAGUGUAAAGAUUAUCGUGUUCGUUUCCAGUGCUCUGGGAACUUCUGCACCCAAAGAGUAUGCUGGACCAAGUGGUUCGAUCGUGACAAUCCUAGUGGAAAAGGGGACUUUGAGUAUUUGCCGUACCUGAGGAAAGCUUAUCCAAAAGAAAUCUGCAAAGUGCCUCUCUACAUAGAUGUUGUGACAACUGACACAAACAUGCCAUUUAUUGCUACAGGCCAGAUAUCUUCUGUCUUCAGUCCAACUCAAGGAUUCGCCUGUCGCAAUACUGAGCAGAAGGGAGGCAUGUGCCUUGACUACAAAGUUCGCUUUGGAUGUCCAUGCACCUGUGAGGGUAUCAUCCAACAUAGAGAAUGACACCAAAAAGGAUAGCUCAUGAUCACUUCCCUCCACUACUGAGUGACAUCUGAAUAUUUAUUAAGUUAUUUGUGGUUCACUUUUACAAAAUCUUCUUCGAUUAAGUUCAUAGCUCAUAUUCCCAAAACUGUUUUAUUUCUAAUGCCAAGUCAAUAGCGAUGGUUGUCAACAAAACAUUAAAUUAUAAACUUUCAUUUUGCUGUGGUGAGAUUAAAUGGUGAUAAUAAAAGUGGUGAAGCAUC